CGGAGAUGACCUGCCGGUGGCAGCACGGCCCCGGCAAUUAGACCGUAGAAGAAGAAGCACACGCGAGAACCAGCAUGUCUCCUCCGGGAGGGAAGAUAAACAGACCAAAAACAGAGCUGGCCAAGAAGCUUUUCAAGCGUCGCCGACUGCUAAGGCGAGAGAAGAAGAAGAAGCAUCAGAUCGUUGGCGCCGUGGUGGAUGAGGGUCUCAUCACCGUUCAUCACCUGAGGAAGAGGAAUACCAGUCCAAGAGCCAACAUCACUUUGUCUGGGAAGAAGAAGCGAAAGCUGCUCAAACAGCUGCAGCGCCUCCACAGGGACAAGGCUGGAAUGGAAGUGGAAGCAGCAGCCCUUCCCCCAAAGAAGAAGGGGACGGUGUCGGGUCCAAGGCAGGAGAAGACGAAAGGCCGCCAGGAUGUUGACAUGGUAGACGUGGAAUAAUAAUAAUAAUAAUAAUAGAAGUCACGUUGGGCUUGUUUCCAUGCUAACAAGAUGAUAGCAUGUGGUAAUAUUGACAUAUAGAAAGGUUAUCUCAAGAUUCUCUGGUGACGUCAAAUAAAACGAAUAUAUUGACGUGAAAUAGGGGAUUGUUUUAUAAUAAAUGUUUUAUUUGCUCUGCCAUAAAACAAACGG